AGCUGGAGAGCAUUGUCAGAGCAGCGACGGAGGACGGAGUCCAUUCACAAUCUUCUACCGACCUCACAGCCCGUCCCCUCUCCGGAGAACACGUGCCCUCGGUAAAACGCCGUCGGGUGUGUUGCAGUCGCCCGGAAGCGGAGAGAAAGUGACCCGCGGUUUGCUUGGCGGUCUGAUCUGUGAGAGGCAGCCCCCCGGACGCACGCUGAUGGCGGUCACCAUUGAGGAUCUCUACCGGAGCUACGGGGUCCUGGCCGAUGCUAAGGACAACCUCAGUCAGCACAAAGAUGCUUACCAAGUAAUCGUGGAUGGUGUAAAGGGCGGCCCAAAGGAGAAACGCCUGGCAGCACAGUUUAUUCCCAAGUUCUUCAGCAGCUUUCCGGAACUCGCUGAUGCAGCCAUAAAUGCUCAGCUUGAUCUUUGUGAGGAUGAAGAUGUCUCGAUUCGACGACAGGCCAUCAAGGAGCUCCCACGGUUUGCAACUGGCGAGAACAUCCUCAGAGUUGCAGAUAUUCUCACCCAGCUCCUUCAGACAGAUGACACAGCCGAAUUCAACCAAGUGAAUGUAGCACUUGUGUCUAUCUUCAAGGUAGAUGCUAAGGGUACUCUCGGAGGCCUCUUCUCACAGAUCCUUCAGGGAGAGGACAUAGUGCGGGAAAGGGCAAUCAAGUUUCUGUCAGCCAAACUGAAGACCCUGACAGAGGAAGUCAUGACAAAGGAGGUGGAGGAUUACGUCUUUGCAGAAACAAAGAAGGUGUUGGAGGAUGUGACAGGAGAGGAGUUUGUGCUGCUGAUGCGUGUGGUGUCCGGCCUUCGGGUGCUGCAGACGGUGCACGGCCGGCAGCAGCUGGUGGAGUUGGUGGUAGAGCAGGCUUUCCUCGAGCAGGCUCUCAACCCGACCGACCCUGAUACUGUUGACCGCCUGCUGCAGUGCACACGCCAGGCCCUGCCCCUGUUCUCCAAAAAUGUCCAUUCCACACGCUUUGUAACCUACUUCUGUGAACACGUGCUGCCCAACCUCAGCUCCCUGACGAGUCCUGUGGCUGAGCUGGACAUUCAGUUGGAGGUACUGAAGCUGCUCGCUGAGAUGAGUCCGUUUUGCGGAGACAUGGAAAAGCUGGAGGCCAACCUCAACAUGCUGUUUACCAAGCUGCUGGAGUUCAUGCCUAUGCCACCAGAAGAAGUGGAGAAUGGAGACAACUCGACAAGCGAGGAACCCAAACUGCAGUUCAGCUACGUUGAGUGCCUCCUCUUUGGCUUCCACCAGCUUGGCAAGAAGCUGCCAGACUUCCUCCUCGACAAAGUUGAUGCGGAGCGUCUCAAAGACUUCAAGAUCAGAUUACAGUACUUUGCCAGAGGCCUGCAGGUUUACAUCAGGCAGUUACGAGUCGCACUGCAGGGCAAGACAGGAGAUGCUCUAAAGACAGACGAGAACAAAAUCAAAGUGGUGGCCCUGAAGAUCACAAACAACAUCAAUAUCCUCAUCAAGGAUCUCUUCCACAACCCUCCAUCGUACAAGAGCACAGUCACUCUAUCCUGGAAACCUGUCCAGAAGGCGGAGGCAGUAGCACCGAAGCGUCCGUCAGCUGAGGAGAUGGGGUCUGGAGGCAGCGAAAAAAAGCAGAUCUCUCCUCUGCCCCGGAGGGAUGCUCGGCAAAUCUACAACCCCCCCAGCGGCAAGUACAGCGCCUCCAUUGGCAAUUUUAGCAAUGAGCGAGGCGGCUUCAGGGGCGGACGAGGACGAGGCUUCGGAACCAGAGGCAACAGGAGCCGUGGCCGAACUUACUGAGAUGCACUCACAGAAUUCACAUUGCUCAUUGAACUGCAUCACAUCAGGAUCUUCUCCGCACCAAGAUGGAUUGUGUCACCUAAUCAUCUGUUUUUUAACUGGUCUCCACGUCGGUCACCUUCAAACUCGCAUAUACAAAUAAUUUUCCACAGGGGGGGUUUAGUUUCCGAUUUUCAUAACAUAUAACAGGGUCAGACUUUUCUACCUGUCAUUUCAUGAUUUGUUUCCUGUAUUCCUCUUUACCCAGGCAUUAGUUUAAAUGAACUACAUGGUAUUUUUCCUUCAUUUUUUAAAGACGUGUCUUUUGUGGAACAAAAGACAGCCAUGUUGUAACUGAUACAUAUUUUUGUCAGAUUAUUGUAGGAAAACAUGAAAAUCCUCUUGUUUUGCGACAUGUUGAUGAAUGCAUUUCUUUCUGCCCUUUUAUUUAAUCUUGUUUUUACUUUUUAUUAUUAGAGAAUAAGUUGAAUUGGCUUAUGUUACUUUGUAUGAAUCGAUGAUCUUGUUUCAUUGGAUUUUUAUCAUAAACUUGUA